AACUUUUUAAUUUAAUAUUUUUUUGUGAAGCACAAGAAAAAUAUUUGUUUUUUUUCUGGUCGUUCCUCACCGAUAUGUGAUGCCAUUGGAAGUGGUAGUUAGGAUUAUAUCAAGUGAAAAAGUUGUGACAGUUCCAUAAAUGUAUAUCCAAUUAAAAGAGAUAAAAUAGUUUAGAAAAAAAAUCAUGACAACGUUAGAUUAUUCAAAUUUGAAUAACAAUUUGUCAUUCAACAUCUAUAAUAAUAAUAGUGAUGAUAAUGUGACAUAUCCUUUUGAUGCUAGUGAAGGCUAUGCCACCAGCACGGAGCUGGAUGGAAAUUCGACUGGAAAUUCCACAGACGUGCUGAAUAAUAUUUACAUUUUACCAGUAUGGCGACAAAUAGUAUGGAGCAUACUAUUUGCUGGCAUGAUUAUGGUCGCAACAGUUGGCAAUCUUGUCGUUAUAUGGAUAGUAUUGGCUCAUAAGCGGAUGAGGACAGUAACAAAUUAUUUUAUAGUAAAUUUAUCAAUAGCUGAUGCAAUGGUAUCUACAUUAAAUACCACACUCAACUUUGUAUACAUGUUGAAUUCAAAUUGGCCUUUCGGAACGCUGUUCUGCAAAAUAUCACAAUUUGUUGCAAAUACUAGUAUAUGUGCUUCAGUAUUUACAUUAAUGGCCAUCGCUAUCGAUAGGUACAUGGCUAUAAUGAAUCCUUUAAAACCUAGAAUGGGGAAGAAGUUAACACUUUGUAUAGCUGUGCUUAUAUGGAUCAUCGGUAUAAUUUCAUCAUGUCCAAAUUUCUUCUUUUUUACAACAUUUGAUAUACCAAUGGAGGAUAGAGUCGUGUGUUAUGCAGAAUGGCCGGAUGCAGAUCGAGAAACAAAUCAUAGCAUACAAGAAUAUGUAUAUAAUGUAGUUUUUAUGAUUCUUACGUAUUUUGUACCAAUUGGAUCGAUGACGUACACAUAUACACGUGUCGGUCUUGAGCUUUGGGGAUCACAAAGUAUUGGAGAGUGUACACAAAGACAAUUAGAUAAUAUUAAGAGUAAACGAAAGGUUGUUCUUAUGAUGAUCAUGGUCGUUCUGAUAUUUGCCGUUUGUUGGCUACCACAAAAUGUUUAUUUUAUCAUCACAUCUUACUAUCCAUCGGUAACAACAUACCCAUAUAUUCAGGAAAUUUAUCUGGGCAUUUAUUGGCUUGCGAUGAGCAAUUCAAUGUACAAUCCAAUUAUAUACUGCAUAUACUCAGAUAGAUUCCGAAGGGGCUUUAAACAAUUUUUCCGAUGGUGUCCAUUCAUCCACGUCGGUCCGGAAGUGUUAACAAGGAGAGAAGUUGUAUCGAGGUAUUCUUGUUCUGGUUCCCCCGAUCACCAUCGAAUUGUAAGAAAUGAUACGGAAAGGUCCUUUUUAUAUUCAUGCACUGGCUCACCAAAAGGUCACCGUAAAUCACAUGGUUCCGUUCGAAUGCCAUUGCAAGUGUCAAAGUGUAAUCACAACACAAAUUCCACUUAUUUCUCGAUGAAUUCAUUUAAUAAUAACAACAACAAUACAAAUAUGACGAUACAAGGUGGCAACGACGAGACGAAUGUAACGACAUCCGAUAAUCUCUUGCUAGCAUCAACAACAAAUAGUAGUCAACGAUGGGCGACAACAAGAAACUUAAAUGGUAAUGGUCAACGCACAUCAUUAUCUUGACAUGUCAACAGGGGAAAUUUAAGUCUUAAUCUGAAUGACAACAUUAAAGUCACAAAUCAGAAUGACAGUGAUGACCUGACUCCUGUCAACACAAACAAUGGCCAAAGUCCUUUUGACUAUCAAACGAGAUAUCGUAAAACGUGGAUUUGAAUCAAAUUAUUUAUUUGUAAAUUUUGCGAAUGGAUAAAAAUAUUUUAUUGCUUUUAACUUUUUAAUAAGAAAAAAUUAAGUAAAGUUUAUAAAAAAAUGGCUUAUAUACAGACACACAGAAGUACUGAAGACGAGAGCAUCAAAAAUGGUGAUAAAAUGAAACUUUUAAUGAACUAUAUAAAAAAAAAGAAAUAUCCAUUAAUAGUUAUUUGUUGGAUGAAAUGUCUUGGGAAAUUGAGCAUUAAAUUCUUAGGUGUUGCAAUACUUAAAAAUAAUUAUCUGCUCGAAACUUUCUCCUUCUUUAUCUU